CGCCAGUGCAGCAUGAAUUUAGGUUGUAUGAAGUACGGACUCAUUGGGGGUAUUGCGCAUGCCCUUGCAUAGACAAUUAGGAGAUGGACCGGUCACGUGAGAGGGUUUAACCAAUAAAAGGGGAAAAGAGUCCGAUUUUCAUACGAGUCCGAUUUUCGUAUGACACCGGGUCCCGUACACGGACGACGGGCGGGAACGUGGUCCAUGUAGUAGUCAUUCACAAGUUGCUUUCACAGCUCAGUGGUUUGAUUAAAGAAUGUGCGUGUUCACGUACAAUUUUGCAAUGUCUUAUCUUGCAUAUUUUCUAGAUAGAAAUUAGAAUAGCUAGAAAAAAAUAUUCCAACUAUUAAUUGAAAUGAGUCUCAGGGUGAACAAAAAAUGUACACAUAAAAAUCUGGUUUCAGGAUUUAAAGUGAGUGAAGUUUUUGCGUCAACAGAAAAACUUAAACCUUAAAACAAAGGGGGAAAAUAAUACGUUGUACGUCAAGCAAUCAGUAAAACCCAUAUAGGCCUACAUUUACACGUGUUCAUGCAAAGAAAAUACUGCCAUUCUAUACUCUAUAGCAAAGAAAAUGCUGCAGAUAAUCAUAGCCAGGGCAAACCAUAGUUGGCCAGGCGCUGUAAUCCUCGAACAAUAACCACUAAUCCGUUGAUAGCGACCAAGAGAGCCACUCCAGUCAACCAGGCUCACGCUUGAAUAACCGAGCGUUCAUACCGAUCGGGAGCUACAGAGUGGGUUAUUCCCACCCGCUUCUCGAGCGUCACGCUAUAGAUAUAGAUAAGCUUUUAUGAGUUGUUCACAACAUAUCGCGCCAUUUACGUGCUCCACUGUUCACCAUGGGCAAGGCUCAUGUCGGUGGUUCGAGCCGCCAGGGCUGGUGUGAGGUUUUCUGCUUGUUCAUGAGCUGGUUGCUUUGGGUAGGAAUACUCAAAAGUCUUGGUGUGAUGCUGCCUACAUUGCAGGAACAGUUCACCGCCCAGACCUGGCUGAUCGGCUGGAUGAUAUCGAUCAUUCAUGGCGUUAUUAAUGUCUCAGGUCUCUUUGCUAGGCCACUGGAGGUCAUGUUUGGUUCCCGCACUGUAGUGACGGUCGCUGGUUUCUUGGUUGGGGUAUCAAUGAUCAUCGCUUCUUUUUCCACCAGUGUUGAAAUGCUGACACUGACGCUGGCACUGAUAGCAGGACCUUCUUUGAGUGUCGUCAAUAUUCUGUCAAGGAGCUUGAUGGGCCGUCAUUUUACGACACACUAUGCCACAGCAAGUGGAAUUGGAACAUCGGGGGCCUCUGUUGGCUUGAUCAUCGUGGCGCCAUUUACCCAGCUUCUGCUGAAUACCUAUGGCUGGAGAGGUACUUUCCUCAUUCUGGGUGGAUUGGGCCUGCAUCUUGGGGUGUGUGGCGUCCUCUUGCAGUCACCACCGACUGAUGAAACUAAGAAGAAUGGUGAGUACCAGUCACUUGGCCCAGACAUCGAUGAAGCACCAGUGGUUAACUCACCAAGUGCCGAGGAGACUGGCAAUUCGAAGUUGUUAUCCCGACUUAUCACCUUUAAGGACGCCAUCUGCGCUCAGAUGUCUCGUUUGGGAUUCUCAGUUUGUCUCCGGGUCCCAUUUUGGUUCACAACGGUCACAUUCUGUUGCAUCAGCUUCUGCUGCAUCCAGUGGUACACCUACUACAUUUCCCAAGCCGAAGCCAAAGGUUUCUCACCGUACGACGCUGUGACAUUCACUACGGCUGCAGGCGUCGGAAAUUUACUUAUCAAGAUCCUGGCUGGCCCUGUCGUGGACCGAGGUCUGCUGAAAUUGCGACCGGCGAUGGUGCUGAGUAUCAUAGUGGGUUCCUCGGCUCUACUGAUAACUCCCUUGGUAAACUCCUACUGGCUGAUGAUGGCCAAUGCCUUUAUCUUUUAUGGCGCUUUUGGAGCAGUUAUCUCACUGAAUGAUCUGUACACCAGGGAGCUACUUGGUACUGAUCUUUUGGCAUGUACUUUGGCAUGGAUGGAGCUAGUUUCGGCCGUGUCAUAUUUCAGUCUUGGAUUCUUUCCAGGCUGGUUGUACGACAAGAGUGGCAGUUACGAUUUGUCCUUUGUCAUCUUGGGAUGUAUAUCGUAUCUGUCGUUGGCAGCGCUGAUGGUGGAAUGGUUUUUGGCUAGAUGGUCAGAUGGAAAAAUAAAGUAGGAGAAAUACCGAACGAAAACCGUAGUUCGACUAUCUUCGCUCCAGCCCAUGCUAGACGAUCGUAGUUUAAUAACGGUCGAGUCAGUUGAAACAGCCUAAGGAGGUUGAUCGCCGGAUGGUUAAAAUAGCCGCGUCCAUCACAACGCACAACAGGAAUCAAGGACCAAAACAGUUUCGUGAUAUCGGUUGAACAGGCAUCGUUGUAUAGUAGUAUCACAUUCUUAGUUCUGGAAGAAUUCAUAUAAAGUAUUUAUGUCUUUACUGGUCAUUUAUUCACCAAAAAAAGUAAUUUUGAAUGACAGCAUGACUUGUGGGGAUAAGGAGUCCUUUUAUAAUUCUUAAAUAUAACUUGUACUAUAUUUAUAAAAUAAAGCUGUCACAUCUUUUGCUUUAACUUUUUUAAUACAUAGUAUAAAUACAUGAUUUAAUCUGAUUUAUAAGAUAAUUGACCUUUGUUAAUAAUCAAGUGUCAUUUGUUUACUUUCAUCUUAAUAGUUAGAAAAUAUCAGAUGAAACUUUUAGUUGGUUAAAGACCUGUGGACGUUAUGCCUUGUCAACUACCCAAACGGUUUAAUUCAAGUAAUUAUUGUCGUGAGCUUUAUUCAUAAUAUUUAAGUUAACCUUUAUCUGUCAUUCCCUUUGAUGUUCUUUUCAUCGUAUACUCAUUGCAAUUUAAUUCAUAAAUUUUAAUCAUUCUUAUCUUUCACCUUUAUACUUUGCUACUUGUUAUAAAUUUACACUUUAAAAACUCCUACCCCGGGUGAUGCUGAUUAUAAUAACUUUUGUGAGCGGACGGUGGGGCGGCGGCGAUGAAAAUUUGAGUCUGCCAAGCAGAAAUGGCUGCUGCGUUCUUGCUGGCACUUGCUGCACUUUCGUAACUUUUUGACAUUUCCCUGCUUUUCUUUUUCUUAUGACAAUUUCGCGCGUUGUUGCUGUGAUGUUAUUUCGUGAAGGCACUGUUCUUCGUAAGAGCCUAUAUGUACCAUAUGUGAACCACACUUACUGUGCUUCCCUGAACCUUUUCUGCAAAAAGUUUGCUACCUGGCAUUAUGUCAUAUCCUAACAACACAAUGUUUACUAGCAACACCGCUAAAACUGCCCAAUGUCCAGGAUUCUGGUGCAUUUCUUGUUGAAUAGUUGUGACAUGACUUGUGUGGCUCUUCGUGAAAACAAAAUCUCAGUUGACCUACGUUUACGCCUUUUCGUGCAAUAUGUCUUGUACGCGUUCAAGGGGGCAACAUGUUUGUGUCUCUUCGUGAAAACGCAAAAUGCAAUUAUCGAGAUAUGUGCCCCUUGUAUCAUUAAUGUAAUUGGGAAAUUAAUGAUGUUUUGGCUUACAGAAGCAUGUCAAAAUGGCUAAGUACAAUGUUUUAAAGCAAAAUAGAGAAAAAAAUUAAGUGACGUAUGUGUCUCUUCGUUAAAACGUUCACGAAUAUAGAUAAAUAAUCAUUUGGCAGUUAAACUCAAUUGCCACUGCAUUAUUUACAAGUAAUUUUGUAACGUUUUCUCAUAUUUUUUACAAUAUAAUUAUGUACGAAAAUUUGUCAAUGUAAUGUCAUUUUACAAAUAAUUUUCUUUGCAACAGCAUUACUUACAAAUAAGUUGUCAACAUUAUGUCUUUAUUCACAACAUUUCUUUUUGUAAGAGCAUUAUUUUUGUAAUAGUUUUUGACAAAGUAUAAUUCUUUAUAUGUAAUUUGCAUGCAUGUUAUCCUUGUUUGCCAAGUCAUUACUUAUUUAAAAUGCUAACAAAGACAUUUUGAUUCAUAUAUAAUCAAUGUUUACAUUUUCUUACUAAUUUUAACACCGCAUUGUACAUGGAGGUUUGAAUAUUGCAUCCAGGAUUGACUGAUUGAUUCUGGUUAACUAAAAAAAAUUUCAGAAUUUCCCAGUAAACUGCAACAUACUUCCUGCAAUAUUAAAAGUGACCACAAUGCUAUUUCACUAAGUAAUAACCUCCCAGAAUAACCCCAGAGGUCCUGGGUUAUAGAAAUUCAGUGCUGAGCUGGUGACCAAUCCUCGGUAUAGAAACAUGUUUCAGAGCAUCAUUAAGCAGUGUGAGACAGAUAAACAAGUAUACUCUCAGACAAAGAAAAACCCCUCGGGAAAUGUUCAAAGUAAAAGGUAAGGAAACAUUUUCUUUCAAGGACCAUGGCAAGUGAAAAAUGUACCAGCACUGAGAAACUGAGAAAAGAGCUGCUUGUCUUGCAUGGUAGAUGGGACAACUCCCACAACAAAAACUGAAACUUAAAAUCAGCAAAAAAAAACCAGGCUGAGCUAGAACGAAUAGUUGCCUACAAAACAAAAGGUGUCAUCAAUCGCUCCAGAGUGAAAUGGUCCGAAACCUGGUGGAAAAACCCAAUAAAUAUUUCAUGGGCCAUGAAAAAAAAUUAGGGCUAUUAAAAAGCUGAUGGUUUUCCUUAAAGCAACAGAUGGUAAAAUUGUUAACGAUCAUGUCUCCAUUAUGAAAAAAAAUGUUCACUAUUAUACGGAGCUUUAUUCAUCAAAAACAUUCCUGAUAAAAAAAAAAUCAGUAUUUAAAUGACAUAACGAGUGAUCAAUAAGUCAAUGAAUCGAUGUGAAGGCUUACUGACAAUAAAAGAAUGUGAAGAUGCGCUAUUCGCUAUGAAAAAUAACAAA